GGUCACAAAGAAUAUUUCCAACAGUCUGUUGCAGACGUUACCUUUAUCAAUAACUAACUGUCUUUGCUCUAUACUGAAGAUCAGAUGGCCCGGCUGGAAAGAAUCACCAACAAGAAACAAUGGCAACCAACAAAACAAGAACUAAUCGCCAACUAACAAAUAUGCAGCAGAAAGUGGAAAUAGAUUGGACACUCGCUGAGGAGGCAGUUGGGUGGCAUCGCGCGUCAGGCAAGUGCUCAAGUGGAACCCGAAAGGGAAGCAGAGAGUUGGUGGUUAGUGCAAGGGUGACAUGGAGGAGAUCGUGUGAAGAGGAGUUGAAACAGUAUGGACUAACAUGGAUGCAGGUGAAACGUACAGCAGAAGACAGAAGCAAGUGGAGACGUGCAGUUGAAACCUUAUGUUCCACUAGAAACCCAAAGGAACAAUAAUAAUAAGACGUCAUCACAUUCUAACAUUUUAUUGACAACACUUCGCUCAUCUUAUAUUCCCCAUCAAUAUUAGACACAUAUCCGAAUGUAUUUUAUUUUUCUAUCAUCUAUCAUCACUCAUGUCUAUUGAACUUAAGAUUGACCUCUAUUUAUUUGGUUAUAGGAAUGUUCACAAGCUGACAUCAGGAGUUAGAGAAUCAUUGGAAAACCAGCUAGGAGUAGUGGAUAGCUGUUUUGUCCUAGAUUGGAACUAUUCAGAAGUACGCACACACC